UACUCGUUCAGUUUACUGAGCCUCCACAAUGUCCUCCCUGAAACUCACGCUCAUCUCUCAGGUUCUGCUGCUGCUGCUGGUGGAGAACAGCUGGGCGCUUAUAUGUUUACCCUGUUCUGAAUUUGAAUGCCAGGAGCUGCUGUGUCCUGGUGGGAAAGUGUUGGGACCCUGUGGCUGCUGCUACGAGUGUGCCAAACAGAAGAAAGAGAGUUGCGGAGGCCCGUUCGGUACUGAUGGGGAGUGCGACCUGGGGCUAAAGUGUGUGACCAGAGGACACUUCGGAGCCAAUAUAGGAGUGUGUGAAGAAGAACAACUGUCAGAUGAUAAUGAGUUCAUUGAGUUACUGAAGGCCAGGCUGACACGCAGAGGAGGAAACCAUGACUGAGGAGAGCCGACACAAUGGGAAGAAGAUGAAGAGGAAUUCGAUUAUUACUAAAGAUUCUCUCCAUAUGAGCACUUGUCCUUCUAUUGGUCAAUAGUCCACCAUAGAUCUUCUGUAGAUGCUCACCUUGUCUUGUCUUGUAACAGAUUCUUUGAAAUCAAAACCUAAAUUUAAUGCUGAAACUAACUUCCCCCCAAAAUUAAAUACGAUCCUAAGCCUAAGUGUGAUGUUGUAGGGAAUGACGUUUGCCAGACUGUUUAACAGUUUAAAGUGGACAAUCCAUAAAGCAGUGGCUCCAGUCCUGGUCCUGGAGGAUCUACUAGCCCCUCACAUUUUAGUGUCCUUCCUGCUCCCAACACACCUGAUCCAACAAAUCCGCUCAUUAACCAGGCCUUGCUGACUUGAAGUGGAUGUUUUUUGGCAGGAAAACAGUAAAGUGUGCAGGGCAGGGGGUCCUCAAGGACCUGGGGUGGGAAUCACUGCUACAGAGGAUUCUCAAAUUGUUAGUUUAUUAGUCUACAUAUUGGUUAAAACACAUCAUAUAUUCUUUAAUAAACCUGCAAAUGUAUUAAUGUAUACUUUAAUUCAUAUUCAUAUAUACUGAAUGUAUCUACUGUAUCACUGUCUGAAUACGGGCCAAUAAGUGGGCUACUAUUGUAUUGUCCUCUAUAACGUUCUGCAAAAUAGCCUUUCUGAUAUAAAAGCUCUGAUUGGCA